CAACACAAACUAUAUACAAACAACAACAGCAACAACAAAACAGGGAAGCGAAUCAACGACCAAAAGCAAAACAAAAGAAAAAGUCAAGGAAAACAAAGUGCCAAAACCUCCAAAAAAAUUUAGUUGAAAAAAGUGAACAAUAAAUUCAGAGAGUGAGAGAGCGUAAAAACAAAAAAACAAACAGUGCAAUAUGGGCAACGCGGGUAGCUCGACUGUGCAUAUGCAUCGCGAGCGCCACAAGUCAACGGACCUCUCCACGCCAAGUUCUCCCGCACACUUUCGCGACUCGUUGGGCAGCGGGGGCGGCGCAGGCGGCGGUGCUGUGUCAACUGCUGGUGGGGCCGGAGUGGGAGGUGCAGCAGCUCCGGGCGGUGGCGGCCAAGCUUUCUCGUUCGAUAAAAAACAUACGGCAGUCUUGAACGAGGGUUCGUCGCAAGAAGACGACGACGACUUUUACACGAGAGCGGGCGCUAAGCGCACAACAGCUGUUGAUAACGAGCCAACAGCAACAACAACAUCAGCAGCAGCCGCAGCAGCACUGGAAAGAGAUAGCACUAUGGAUGAACUGAACGAUGAGUAUCAAGAGAUGAAGGCAUCAGGAUCGAAGAAUUUUGAUGAAAUGGAGUCGAAGAAGACGGCAUUGCCUACGGUUCUGCGCUGGGACUAUGGGGGCAAAAAUGUGACCAUCUCGGGAACGUUUUCCAAAUGGAAACCGAUUCCGAUGGUGCGCAGUCAUGGCAAUUUUGUGACCAUCAUCGAUCUGCCGGAGGGCGACCAUCAGUACAAGUUCUGUGUGGACGGCGAAUGGAAGCACGAUCCCAAAUUGAAAAGCGUGGAAAAUGAGGACGGCGAAAAGACUAACCUGGUGUCGGUGCGCGCAUCCGAUUUCGAGGUGUUCCAAGCGCUGGCCAAAGACAGCGAGAAUGUACCCAACUAUGCGGAGAAGGAGUACUCUCAGGAGGUGCCGCAGGUGAAGCCCUGGGAGAAGGUGUCCGGUCCGCCAGUGCUGCCGCCUCACCUGCUGCAGGUCAUACUCAACAAGGAUACGCCACUAUCGUGCGAGCCGACAUUGCUGCCCGAACCGAACCAUGUGAUGUUGAACCAUUUGUACGCCCUAUCCAUCAAGGACGGUGUCAUGGUGCUGAGUGCGACGCAUCGCUACUGCAAGAAAUAUGUCACAACUUUGCUCUACAAGCCGAUAUAGACCCAACAGCUAUCCAAAUAUAACUGUUUUUUAUAUUCUAAAAUUUAACGUACGUGUUUUUUAAGCUAUAUGAAAUUGUUUUCAAUUGCCUCUUCUGUAUACUAUGUGCGAAAUGAAUGCAAUCUUUAUGCUUAAGCGUUCUAUUCAAUUUGUUUAUUUAGAAUUUAAAUAUAUAUGUUUAUAUUAAUAUAUAUAUGGAAUUAAAAAAUAGUAUAUAUAUAUAUAUAUAUCUGUAUAUAGUUUUCCGAGUAAGAUUAUUGUUCUGUGUCAUAGUUAAGUGUAUUCUCUAUAUAGUUUGUUUGUUAAAUUGCGAUUUGCAUUUUGUACUCACUAAAAACAUAUUAAUUAAUUUUAAA